GUCCUUAGUUUAAGACUCCAACAAAGUAACAAAUUUCACUUUAUUUUUGUGUAUAUUUAUUUUAUCAUAUAGUUUUUAUUUUCUGUUAAUUUGUUUCUUUAUGUUUCUUAGAUCAUUCAAAUGAUGAAACUCUCAACUCAAACUCAAACUCAAACUCCAACUUCAUCUUGUUCAAAUGUAUCUCCACCAAUGUGUAGCAGCUCCAAAUCCACAACUACAGGAUGUCUCACAGCCAUCAUGCGCAAGAUUCUUUGCUCCGGAAACCUUCCAAAAGACUCGUCGAAUCAAACCACAGAAUUUGAUUCAGCAAAUUCUGUUCUAAGUGUAAAUGAUCACAACUUGGGCGUUUCUGCUGUUACUCCUCCUCCUCCUUUAGUGGCAAGGUUGAUGGGUUUAGAAUCAAUGGUUGAGGUACCUUUUGCGUCGAAACCAGGUUCACUUUCGCGUAGCAAGUCGAUGAAUUCUUUGGACUAUUUGGGAGAAAGCAAUGGGAAGAUUGAGAGUUUGCAUCAUAAGAGAGUUGGUUCAACAUUGUCUUUUAGAGAGCCACCAACUUUUCAAAUGAGUGAAAAUGAGAGCUUUUUUGUGCUUAGUUUUGGAAAUGAAGGUGAGAGUGGUAAAGGGUUGAAAUCAAAUGGGAGAAAAAAGAAAAUGAGUUGUUCAGAAUUGAAGGAGAAGAAGAACAAGAGAGAGAUUGUUUGUGAUGAGAAAAUGAGCAAAAGGGUUUCUAAUAAACUUCAAGAAAUCACCAAUACUUCGCAUCGGUUUAAGGCUUCUUCGUCUGAAAAGAAGUGUUUUGAUUCAGAAGCAGGUGAGUUGUUGAAGGCAAUGAAUUGCAAGGAAGUUGUAGUUGGUGAAAGGCUGAAGAAGAGAAGGACGAGGAAGAAGCGAAGAAAUUGUUAUACAGAACAGAAGAUAGAAACUGAAUGCAAAUCAGAUGAUUUAAGUCCUGUUUCUGUUCUUGAAUUUGAGCGCAAGUCUUGUGUAGCAGGGAUUGAUUCUGUUGCAGUUGGUUUGAAUCCAAGAAGAAAGUUGACACCGGAGCUUGAAACCGGCAAGCACAUUCGUAUGCGAUCUGAUGAUAAUUUGAUGAUUGAUGAGAAGAAUGAUAAGGCAAUUCAGAACAACAUAUAUGAAGGAUCAAAGAAGAAAGAGAAGCAAAGUUACAAGGAGUAUAUAGAUAUUUGGGAUGAAGCAUGCAGACUAGUUGGAGAUGAAUUGGCUGGUUCAAAAAAUCAAGUUCAUGUAUGGAUGAAUGAACAAAGUGAUUUAGGAAGUAUAUGUACUGAUUUUGAGUCAGAAAUUUUUGAUCAAUUGUUGAAUGAAGUGGUAACUCAACUUGUUGAGUAACUACUCACAAGUUGGUAACUUCAAAAUUUGUAAAAAAUAUAAACCUUAUGAAUAAAGUGGUAU